GUAGAAAGUUAGUUUAUCCGUCUGCAGUAAACCUGUUUCAACCACGCUCGUCAAGAAAUGCAAACAGCUUUUGUAGGUUAUGUCCUGUCGACUGAUUCAACUGUGAACAAACUCAGAAGUGUUGGAUGACAUCGGGUGACGGAACGAAACAAGGAAAAUGGAUCCCCGCGACAGAAUAGAAUUCCUUAAAUCAACGAUUUAUCAUCUGCAGCAGGGGAACUUAGUUCAAGCGAAAGAAUCACUACAAAAAAAUCAGCAGUGUUUCCAAGACUUGGCGCCAUGUGAGUUAUCAAAACCCACUUUACAGGAGAUAGAGGUAGUAAACAAGGCAGAGGAAAUAUCGAUAGGGAAUGUGGCGUGGAGUCUUCGAACUGGAACAAUUUUGUUGCCUCAAACGUUUUCUAAGAACGUCUUUGUCCGCUUUGUCAAUAUCGUUGGUGCUGUAGCUUUAGUCACGAGUUGUCUUGAUACAGCUGAGAAAGUACUUGAUCAGUUAAAACAGUACAUUGAGCAAGCUGAAGAAUCAGUUAUAAGCCUUGGAGUUGCCCUUAAUAACCUAGGUUGCGUGUAUAUUAUUAAAGGAAGUUUUCAAGAAGCAAAAGUUAGUCUCCAAAGAGCUCUUGAGGUAGUCAAGAAAGGAAAACAGUGUGUCACAGCUGAGGAGACAAUCGUAACAAUAGGUAACAACUUACGACUUGUGUAUCAGGCUCAGAGGAGCCAUAUAGCUGACUUGCAAUUGCAAAAUGUAAGCCCCUUCUCCAUACAACCAAGAAUUAUUGCAAUAGUUGAUUACAAUGAAGCCCUAACCUCUGUGGACAACAGAAAUCUUAGAAAAGCUUUGGGCGAGCUUGAGAACUUGAAAAAAUUUUGUGAAACAGAAUUAGACCAAAGUAAGGGACUGUUAACCUGCAUUUUGCUUAAAAUUCGUUCAGUUUGUUUGAUGCUACAAACCUCUAGUGCAAGCACUACAGCUAUUGAUUCUAAGAUUUUGACCUUGCAAGGGUUGAAGGAACUUGUUGAUGUAAGUACAGACUUUUCCUUAGACUUCUUAGUCACAAUUGUGGAGACUGUGGCCGACAUUCACCGUUAUCAAGGUAAUCUUGACCUCGUCUGUAGUUAUUUCUCCUAUCUUGUACCGGUUGUUCGUGAACGAUGUGGUGCGGAUCACCCAACACUUGCUUCUAUACUGUCAGAGCAGGGAGUUGUUUUUCUCCACUUGGAAAACGUUGCACACUCCAGGCAAUGUUUCACCGCUGCAUUAGAGAUUUUCACCGGAACUUUUGGUGCUGUUCACCCUGAUGUUCUCAAAUGCAAUGCAGGUCUUGCGAGGCUGGAAUUGCUGGCUGGAUCUGAAGAAAAAUCUUUAAUACAUUGUCAGAGAGUUCUGGAAAAUGUAGAGAGAGUUUGCCAGGUCUCAUUUGAGCGUCAACUGAAGCCAAAAGUCUUAGAAUUGUAUCAAAGAGGCAGAAGAACAUUUUCUCCUGAUACAGAUAGCGAAGAGCAAGGAAAGUUUGAAAGUCUGGCUUCCGAGUUUGGGGUGGAAAUAGCCAGGGUUCUCAACCAGCAUCAACUGGGUGAUCUCGACGAUUGUGCAGGAGUACACUUAGAUAGUGAGGAUUGUGUGGAUUCCUCCGUCUCCCAGCUUUUUUCCGAGGACCUAUGUGCAAAGCUGUGUUUUAACUGGCUGAAAGCUGGUCUUUGUUUGUUUAAUCUUGGAGUUAAACAAAGUGUCACUUUUCUCUUUCUCUCGUGUACAUAUGCAAGUAUGUUUUAUGAUCAUUGUGAUUGUUCCGAAGUCAUUCUACUGAAAGUAAUUUUUGUUGUGUGUCAUCUCAAAUCCAAGACGAGUGAGACCUUCCCGGAAGUUCAAGAGAGAUUAAAAACUGAAUUCGGACGUUUGAAGAACUUCAUUGAGGAAAAAGCGAAGAGAGUUGAUAAGCCAGGAAGGAAAGCUGUAUUUUUUGACGAAAAUACAAAUUUGAUGAUUGCUUUAGCAGUAGUCCUUCAGUCUUUUAUAGAAAUGGAAAUGUACGAGAUGGUGAACACUGUGCAUAGUUUGUUUACUUUACUGUCAAACCAACAGUCUACGCAGAUAACUCAUGUAUUGCUCGUUGAAGAGAUUCGGUUUGCGCUUUAUAUUUCAAACAUACAAUGUCGUGGCAAACAAUUCAUCCAUAACCUGAUUUUUUUGACGCCUCUUGGCGUGAUGUACAAUCGAAAAAUCAUAGACAAAAACGAUGAAGAUGCUCCCUGUAACUUUCAAAGUAAGGAGCUUAGAAAAUCUCUACAUACAGACGACAACUUGGGAGAAAGGCGAUCGACGAAAUUUUUCAAAACUUUGGUGCUCAGAUCUGACAAUGCUCGGUGGAAAGGAUCUUUCAGAUUUCUCGUGGAGUGUCCAAUCACUCGUGGAGUUGAUGUUUCAGCGCUUAAUCACACAAAUGUGUGCAGUGUGAACGCAGCAGAAGACAGUCUUCCCUAUUUGAUCUCAUGCAGUCAUCAGAAUAUAGAAUUAGCAACACAAUAUUUUAUCGAAUUGGAACUCCUAGACCCUUCUGAGACCUCUGUUUCUGAGAUUUCUGGUGCUUCUUCCCUUUUGUCACUCUUACUAUCGGCAGCCAAGGAUGGUUCAGAAUUUGAAACGCAAUCUCCGGUUCUGAUCAACACGGAGAAGACUUGUGAAGGAAGCUUAGCAUUUAUUUUACAAGACAAAGUAACAGCGAAGUUUUUAUUGGGCAAGCUUUUAAAACAAAUUUUAACCAAUGAGGACGAGCUUGUUGAGGUUGUGAACGUAGCAGUCAAAGAUAGCCAGCUCGUGUUGAAAAUCCAAGGUCCACCCAUUGGGCAAAUCGUAAUGUGGUGCCAUGAAAACACCAUCAAAGUGAGGACCCAGUUGAUUCACUUAUCUCAAAGCCGAAGAAAAGUUGAGAUUGUCCAAGAAGAAGUUCCGUCGUGUAAUUGCUCUCUUAUUGAGAUGGUCAUCGCUGACAAAAUGGAAGAAUGUGCUCGUAACUUUGGAAUUCAUUUCGAGAAACAAAGAGAGAAGUCCUGGUGUUUUGCUUCAAAUCCGCUUGGAAACGCAAUGAGAGGGCACCAGAUACUGGAACUGCAGCAUAAAGUGGAACGUCCAGGCCGCAUUUCUUCUCUUCCAACCUUACCUCUCAGACGGUCGUUCCUUUCGGAAUCAUGGACACAAACAGACUCCUUGAGUUUUCCUUCAACAUCUGAUCUUAGUACCCAAACAUAUCUCAGUGACUCAGAUGAGUCUAAAGACCUGGUGGAGCCCACAUCAUCAUCUAGUGGAGUAAGUAUGUCAUCAUCAUUAGCCUCAUCGUCACCGUCAUCAUCAUCUUCAUCAUCAUCAUCUUCAUCAUCAUCAUCUUCAUCUUCAUCUUCAUCUUCAUCUUCAUCAUCGUCAUCUUCAUCAUCAUCAUCGUCAUCCUCCGGUGAAGAAGUUACUGAUGAGGUCUCCAGAAGGCCAAGGUCAGAACCAGCAGAGAAAGGUAAAUGUUCAGUGCAUUCCGUCUCCUCGUGUGCCUCAGAAUUGAAGAAAAGCGGAAGAGAAAUUCCAAAAUUUGCAAAUUCAGAGGAAGAGAGCUUUAGCAUGGCUUAUCCCAGUCUUUUCAAGUUCAAAUACACUAGAAAUGAUUCAGAGAAAGGUCAAACAAAUCAACCACCACCCGUAUCACCACUAAACUUGAAAGUUCAGACGGAUGGUAAAUUACGUGAGUGUCAAAAACACCUUGAGAAGUGUAUUCACACCGAUGAUUGGCUAGGGCAUUCUAUGAAUGAUGAAGUUUAUGGUUCAGUCAAAAGCGUCGCGUGUAAUAUAGCUGAAAUCCAAACUUGUCAAACCUAUUCCUCGACAGCAUCUGUUGAACCGCCUUUUCGAGGGGAAGGUGCUCUAACUGACAACCUCCCACGACUGAAUACUGACCAGAUGAAGCAACAUGGCGGUGCUGUUGCCGCUGCCACAACCAGCCGGUGUAAUGAUGCCACGGAUGAAAACCAACGAAAUAAAGAACGUAAAGUCGAUUCGAGGUCACUGAAGGUUUAUCAAGGCAGGAAAAGCAUGAACGAAGGGGAUCUAUCAAGAAGAAAUCACAACUCAAGGCCCAGGAAAUUUCUAGGCUUGAAGGGUGGAGGACAAGAUCCAUCUUGCUCUGACAGGGGCUUAAGUUACAAGAAUCUUGAAUCGAUUACUUGCUGGAACGACAAAGACGCCAAGCCUGAGAAGGUUCGAUCACGAGGAGGUGAUAUGCGAAACAUUAUUGAUGAAAAAGAAUCAAAUUUCUUUGGUAUAAAUCCGUGCUUCCUUGCUCGUCACACAGAUGACAGUGGCAUCACCACUCCUAUCGAUGACAUGGGGAGUACAACGCAAAACGCCAAUGGAUGGUCUUCCAACGCCUUCUCAACCCAUCAGCGGUCGUCUUGUUUCAACAAUGAGCAAGGCUCUCAAAGUAUUUACUCCUUUCAAGCGCCAUCAUUUGGAUCUGAACAUCUCCAAACCUUUUCCGGUGAUGACCCGGAAGUUGUGGUGGUACCUCUGUAUGCUGUGGUCAAUGAUGACAUGCUGUUGGCCCAAACACCCCUUUUGCCACAACAGAGAAAAGUCAAUAAUCAAUAUACUGAUCAUAAAGUGCAACGGGAAAGAAACUGUGAUUUUAAAGUGAUAAAUGGAAAUCCUGCGCGUGUAUCUAAUAUCACCUCAAUUACACAAGGCCAGGUCCCUCCUGAGAUGGAAAUCUCUCCUUUACCACAAGUACCCAAGAACAGAAAUCUGACAUGGGAAACAAGGACACUUGCAAAUCAGGAUACUGAUAACCAAGGGCCACAGGGUGUCUUGAACGAUAAUUCGUCACACUCAUAUAAUGAUUCUUUAGCUGACCUGGAGCGAAAAGUGGCCGAAACUUGUUCCUUUGUCGAAAAAACCUUGAAAGAAAGGGAAGUAAAAGAAAAGGCGAUGAAGGAAACAGAGCGAAGAAAAAAAGAAGAGCGAGCCAGGAAAGAGCAACAAUCACGUGAGAGAAGAGAGAGGGAGGCAAGUGAAGCAAGACAAACGGAAGGCAGGAAUGGCACAGAAGAAGCCAGAAACCCGACGAGCGAUGGAGGAGAAACACCUUCGCAAAACACGGCUGGUACUGAGGGUCAACAAUGGUUGUGUGAACAUUAUCAGCGGCUCUGUCGUGUCAAGUUCCCAUGCUGCGGAAAGUUCUUUCCUUGUCAUCGUUGCCAUAACAACUCUGGGUGUCCAAAUGAAAAUUCCAAAGCAAGAGAGGGAUACUUUGUUGAGUGCUCUGUUUGUAGCCAUCAACAAGAGAUCAACCAGGACGCCCAUACCUGUGCUAGAUGUAAAACAAAGUUCUCGGCAUAUUUCUGCUCUGUAUGUAAACACUUCACAAGCACAGACAAAAAUCCAUAUCACUGCAAAAAAUGUGGUAUCUGCCGUAUUUACAAGGACCGCUCCUUCCACUGUGAUGUGUGCAACGUCUGUCUGGACAAAAGGUUGGAAGGAAGACAUUCUUGCCGAGAAAAUUCAGGACAUGAUGAGUGCUGCAUCUGUUUGGAGGACGCUUUCAGCGGUUGUCAGAUCCUGCCAUGCUCACACAAGGUUCACCGAGAGUGCGCUAUUGCGAUGAUACAGAACGGCGUACGCAGCUGUCCCAUUUGCCGUCAUCCUUUGUACAGUCAGACAGGAAUGAAUGAGUGAAUAACAAUAUCGAUUCCAGUGUUCAGAAUUUCAAGGGAAGACAAAGUUUUCCCCAUUCAGAUGUUUUUUAAAGUGCCCUCAGUGACUGACGUAUUCACUCUUUAUUUUAGCAGCGAAUUUUACCGUUUGCUCCAUGAGUGGCUCCUAAUUUCUCCUUACUGUGUUAUCCUUGAAUCAAAUGGUAAAUGUAACGAGAAUAAAGGAAAAGAACAUCGAUUUAGAACGCUCCCGAUAAAAAAAUUCUUAUUGUCAGUACCAGAGGAAAUUUAAAGAGGACAGUGUGGAUUGUUAGUGUAAAGGUGCCUGGUACCAGUUUUCAUCUUUUUGAUGGUUUGUAACUUUGAAAGAAUGCAACAGAAAGACUUACCAAGGCCAGUUAAACACUUUUACGAGGUUGAAUUAUAUAAUCAUUGGUUAUCCAAAAAUAAGUGUCAUUUCGUCACGAGCAGUUUC